CGCCUGCACACAGUUUUGAGGCGCAGUCAGUCAGUGCAGCCUGCGGUGUUUCCAACUAAGACCUGUGUAAGAAGCGCCUUUCUCCUCACAGAGAGUUAAAGUUUCUCCGUCGGUCUGCAAUCAGUGAACUGUGCGCAACAUCAUGUCGCUGCCGCAGCAUUUACGGGAGGAAAGUGACUUUGAUCAACUGCCUCAUAACAUCCCUAUCAGCGCCACCAUUGCUGAUAUUGAGGAGAAGAAAGGCUUCAUUGACUACUUUAUGUUUGUGAUCGAGGUGAAGACUAAAGGAGGGAGUAAGUAUUUCAUCUACAGGAGGUACAGAGAAUUUUUCAACCUCCACCAGAUCCUCGAGUCCAGAUACUCUCCUGAAGACCCAGAGAGACCUGGUCCCAACAACUGCGUCCUGCCCACUCUUCCAGGAAAAGUCUUCCUUGGCAACAAGCAGGAGAUUGCAGAGAGCAGAAUCCCUGAACUCAACACGUACAUGAAGAGGUUGCUGGGUCUGCCAACAUGGCUGUUAAUGGACGAGGCUCUCAGGAUGUUUUUCUACCAGACGGACCAGGACAGCCAGCAAAAACCACGAGCCCUCAGGCGUCUCCGCCCACCUACCCGCAAAGUGAAGACAGUCAAACCAAAGAUGGACCUCUUCUCCUCCCCCAGGGCCGAGGCGAUGUUUGACUUUCGCGGCAACAACAAGACGGAGUUGAACCUGAAGAGGGGAGAGGUGAUCUUCCUGCUGCAACGAGUGAACGCUGACUGGCUGGAGGGCACAGUGAACAAUCAAACUGGUAUUUUCCCACAAUCCUUUGUGAAGAUCAUCAAGCCCCUCCCAGACAGUGACACAGAAGGUGAGGGUGAAAGCCUCACCUACAGCUGCCUGCGCUGCUUCCUGCUCACCCCCUCUGGAGUCGAUACCAGAGAUGUGUGUGUACAAGAGGACCUCACUAUCCAGCCAACAUACAAGGACCUACUGUCGCGUAUGAGGAACGUCUUCAAGGUGGAUGACAUCGCCGUGAACUACCGCGAUCCCGAGGGCGACCUCAUCCGGAUCCUUGAUGACGAAGACAUCCAGUUGAUGAUCAAGGAGAGCAGACGUCAGCAGGACAAAGUCAAGAGACCUGUCAAUCAGUUUCCAUGGGAACUGCAUGUGAGCUUGGCCUCUGACCUUUCUGUUUACAACAGCGAAGCCUGAGAGAGUGGAAAUCAAGGGAAGUGGAGAAGAUGUUUAGUAUUAUUGUAUCGGAAAAAAUGAACUUGACCAAGUGAAUAUUGUUGCCUGUGUGCGGUUUGUCCUUUCCAUUCAUUCACAACCUCGUGUGUUAAAAAUGUCACUGCUGUUUCAGUUAAUGGCUGACACAUUUCAUUUAAGUAAUAAACUAAUUUAAUAACA